ACCAGCCCCACCAGCCCCAUCAGCCCCACCAGCCCCCCACUUUCUUUCACUGGAGUCGCAGAGAGGAUCCCGGAGGAAAGGCUUGGGAACAUGCAAACAUCACAAGCUCUCAUUUACCUGGCUCUCUUCGGUGCACUCGGGCGAGUGGGCAACAGGGACGGUGCACACGCCAACCUGACGGAUAUCAAACCCGAAUCGCUCGAAAAGGGGCCGGACAGUGACUAUAACGCGUCCGAGUGCUCGGCUUGCAGGUGGAGGAAGGAGAACAAGGCACUGAGACUGGAGUCCAUCAAGUCGCAGAUCCUGAGCAAACUGCGCCUCAAGGAAGCACCCAACAUCAGCCGGGAUACAGUCAAUCAGCUUCUCCCCAAAGCUCCUCCUCUGCAACAACUCCUCGAUCAGUAUGAUAUUCAAGGGGAUGACAAUAACGAUGCCUCAUUAGAAGACGACGAUUAUCACGCUACAACUGAGACUCUGAUCACGAUGGCCACGGAGCCUGAGCCUAGUGUCCAAGUGGAUGACAAACCGAAAUGUUGCUCCUUCAAGAUCAGCCCCAAGAUCCAAUUCAAUAAAAUCGUCAAAGCCCAUCUCUGGAUAUACCUGCGACCAGUGAAGCAAACCACGACCGUCUUCAUGCAGAUUCUGCGACUAAAGCCAGUGGGGCAAGAAUGGACGAAUCACACACCAAUCCGCUCUUUAAAAUUCGACAUUAACUCUGGCACUGGCCACUGGCAGAGUAUAGACUUCAAACGCGUCCUGCAGAACUGGCUCAAGCAACCCGAAUCCAACUGGGGCAUCCAAAUCAAUGCGUCCGACAUCAACGGCGUCGACCUGGCAGUCACUUCCCCGGGACAAGGGGAGGAAGGAUUGCAACCGUUUCUCGAAGUGAAAGUGACGGAAACGUCCAAGAGAUCCCGGAGGAACCUUGGUCUGGACUGUGAUGAACACUCAACCGAAUCACGUUGCUGUCGUUACCCUCUCACGGUGGACUUCGAGGCUUUCGGUUGGGAUUGGAUUAUAGCUCCCAAGAGAUACAAAGCCAACUAUUGCUCGGGACAAUGCGAGUACAUGUUCCUGCAGAAAUUCCCACACACCCACCUGGUACAGCAGGCCAACCCCAGGGGGUCGGCUGGACCCUGCUGCACCCCCACGAAGAUGUCUCCAAUCAAUAUGUUAUAUUUUAAUGGAAGAGAACAGAUCAUCUAUGGAAAAAUCCCAGCGAUGGUGGUGGAUCGUUGUGGCUGUUCCUGAGAACACAACUGUCUCCCUCCCCCCACCCCAAACCACCCAACC